AUGACAGAAGAAUUCUUCUUGUCCAAAGUGUUUUCAGAGUCAAUGCAACCUUCACAUGUAAUUCCAUAUUACUUCCGAGCAGUAAAAACUCCCAAAGAAGAAGAUAUCACCAUUACAACAUUAAUAACAGAAAAUCGGUUCCAUGUAUUUGAUAGACUCGUUACAAAUUAUCAAGGUCCAAUCUCUGUAACAAUACAUGUCGCUGAUGAUGAAAAAUCACGCGAUGUACUAUUAAGUAAACUUCAUGAUUUGUAUAACGGAAACGAAUAUAUGAAACAAUACGUUGAUGUUCAUCUUGUAGUUGAUAAUUUCGAACGUCAAUUUAACAUGUGGCGUAACGUAGCAAAAUUUUUUGCUCGUACCAAUUAUGUUAUGAUGUUAGACGUUGAUUUUCAUCCUUGUACAGAUUUUAGACAUGCUAUUCUAAAUAACGAAGAAAUUAUGAAAAAACUUAGAACUGGCAAUACUGCUUUAGUAGUACCAGCUUUUGAGUAUGCUGAUUUACAAGAAGGUCUUGAUUUUCAUACUUUCCCAACAAAAAAGGCCGAUGCUUUAGAAUUAGUAGAGUCUGGUCGGUUGGUUAUGUUUCAUGCUUCUUGGAAACCAGGUCAUGGCCCAUCAAACUAUACCCACUGGUAUGGUACGAAUGAACUUUACAAAGUUACAACUUAUCAAUACCAAUAUGAACCAUAUGUGAUUUUCCCUAAACAAAGCAUAUGGUGUGAUGAACGAUUUGUCGGAUACGGUGCAAACAAAGCCGCAUGUUUAUUUGAAUUAUAUCUAUCAGGAGUUGAUUAUUGGGUACUUCCAAAUGACUUUUUAAUUCAUCAAACGCAUGAAUAUUUGGAAGAUGCACGCAGACACGAGCGAAGAUUUAAUAAAAAAUUAUAUGACCAUUUCCGUGAAGAGUUAUGUUUCAGAUAUGCCAGAAAUUUUAUUUUAAAUGAUGAAUGGAAAACAGAGAAGGCAGAUAAUUUAAAAAAUACAUGUAAUAAAAUUCGGGGUUUUUCACAGGCAAUUAAAUAUUUUUCGAGUAUGAAAUAA